AUGAGCACGGCGACGCCCAUGACGCUGUCACUGAGUGGCGCCGAGCGCCAGGCCUUUGGCCAACUGUAUCUCAUCGCUGAUCCGAACAACACCGGGAUGAUCUCGGGCGAUGCGGCGGUCAAGUUCUUUGAGGGCUUCAAGCUCCCGACGCUCACCCUCGGCCAGAUCUGGUCGAUCGCGGAUAGCGGCAACAAUGGGUUCUUGAACCCCAACUCGUUUGGCGUCGCGCUCCGCCUGAUUGCACGUGCGCAGCGCGGCGAGAGCAUCGGCGAAGCCGAGACGCAGAUCCAGGGCGCGCCGCCGACGUACGAGGGCCUCGCUGCGCCGGCGCCGGCUGCUGCGGACGUCGCGAUCAAGCCCGAGGACAAGGCGCGCUUUGCGCGCAUCUUUGCGACCGUCGGGCCGACCAACGGCCUGCUCAGCGGCGACCAGGCCAAGGACGUGUUUAUGAAGUCCAAGCUGCCAUUUCCCAAGCUCGGCGCGAUCUGGAACCUGGCCGACACCAAGUCCCGCGGCGCGCUCGACCUGACCGACUUUGUCAUUGGCAUGUACUACAUCCAGGGCACGAUGAACGGCACGGUCACGUCGAUUCCCACGACCCUGCCGCCUGGCCUCUACGAGCAGGCGGCGCAGUCCACGCCGGGCACGCCCGCGCCGCUGCAGAGCCAGCGUACUGGCACGGACCCGAUCGCGGCCGCGUUCGGCGCCGCGACGCCGAAUGUGCCGAGCGCCGCGGGCCGCGGCAUGCCGUCGCGCUCGAGCAGCGUCGCGUCGGUCCCCGCGCCGCCGAGCUUUGCGGCCGCGGCCGCGCCGCCCGCGCCUGCACCGGCGCCUGCACCGGCGGGCGACUGGGCAAUCCCCCCGGCGGAAAAGGCCAAGUUUGACUCGUUCUUUGACUCGCUCGACACGGAAAAGAAAGGCAGCAUCGACGGCGCGCUGGUCGUCCCCUUCUUUAUGCAGAGCGGCCUCGACGAGCCGACGCUCGCGCACGUCUGGGACCUGUCGGACCUGACGCAGGACGGCGUACUGACGCGCGACGAGUUUGCCGUCGCGAUGCGCCUCAUCAACGACAAGCUCGAGGGCACGCCGCUGCCGGACCAGCUGCCCCCGUCGUUCCUUCCCCCGAGCAUGCGCACGCGCGACCUGCCUGAGGCCGUCGACGUGAAGCAGAGCGAGACGCAGAAGGAGCUCUUCUCGCUGCUGGACACGGACACGCCCGCCAUGGCGCCAUCGGUCGCGGCGACGGCGUUUAGUGGCGGCCGCGAAGCGCCUGCGCCUGCUGCGCCAGCAACGCCAGGCGCGCCGACGAGCGCGCCCCGCUCUGCGCCGGCGUUUAACGCGUUUGACGACGACUUUGACGCGCCUGCGCCCGUGGCUGCUGGCGCGGACGUCGGCAAUGCGCAGAACGCGCUGAACAGCACGAGCAAGGCGCUGGACGACCUCAAGACGCGCCGCUCGACCGCCGAGUCGACCGUUGCGAAGAACGCCACGUCCCUGUCCGAGCUCGAGGCGCAGCUGACGCGCGCGCGCACCGAGCACGAGUCGGAGAGCACCGCAGUCAAAGAGCUCGAGGAGCGCGUGCAGGCGCAGACCACCGAGCUCGAUGCACUCCGCCAAGAGGUGAUCCGCACCGAGAGCGAGCUGAGCGCCGUGCGCUCGCAAAAGGACGAGCUCGAGCAGAAGCUGCUGCAGGACCGCGAGGCGCUGCGCGAGACCAAGCGCCAGCUCUCUGAGCUCCAGGCGCAGACCGCGUCGCUGAGGGAGGAGAAGGAGAAGCUCGCCAAGGAGGCGCGCCAGCACACGGGCCUCAGUGCCAUCGCCACCAAGCAGCUCGCCACGGCGCAGGACGAGCACGAAAAGGUGCGUGCGCUGCCCACCUCGCCGCCGGUCCUCUCGCCGGGCUCGACGCCGGGCGCGACGCGCCGCAACCCUUUCGAGAUGUUUGCCGCGGCGCCCGCCGCAGUGGCUGCGCCGGCCGACACCGAGGUGCCGCGCGACGUGGCCGGCACGUUCGAGUCGCAGUACGGCGCGUACGGCGAGCCUGGCCAGGCCGCCGCACCCGACUCGUCCGAGGACCACGACGGGCCGGAAGAGGCGACGGCCAUGACGCGCGACCGCAGCCUGCCGGCCGGCACACUGUCGACUGCCGACGCGUACGGCGGCAUUGCGCCAGAGGAGUCCGAGACCUCGCGCGAGAACAUCUCUGUCCCAGGCGGCUUCCCGGGCGAGGGCGCGGGCACGGGCGCCCAGACACCCAAGGGCACGGGCGCCCAGGAGCUCAGUGCGCCGCCGCCCAGCGCGCCGGCGACGGCCCCGCCGCCGUCCGAGCCGCUUGUGCCGCCGCCCGCCGAGGUGCCGCCGCCGAUGCCGGCGAUCCAGCGUGCGCCGACGUCCUGGUCGACCGCCGCGACGGCCGCCUCGACACCGACCGCGACGCCCUCGGCGACGCUCGCCGCCGACUCGUGGCCCGCGCCAAAGACAGCCAGGGACGCGCCGCAGGCCGCGGGCCUCGACGAGUUCGACUCGGCGUUUGCAAACCUCGGCGUGUCGCACGUUGUGCACGGCACGCCGUCGGGGGGCCAGGCGUCGAGCACCUUUGACGCGUUCGACCCCAGCUUUGGCUCGUCGUUUGCGCCCGAGGGCGCGUCGCGCAGUGGGCCCGUCCCGGUCGCGACGCCAGUGAGUGUGCCGAGCUCGGGCGCGCCGAGUGCGCCGGCGCCGAGCACAUCGGGCGCCGCGCCCCCUCUGUCGUACCUCGCGACGACCAAGGUGGCGCCCCGCGCACAGGAGGGGCCCGAGACGCGCGGCGCGAGCGGCAGCGUCUCGCCUACGCCGGCCGGUGUGGGUGCAUCGGGCGCGAGCGCACCUUUGGGUGCGCCGAGUGCGCCUGGCGUGCCUGGUGCUCCGGGCGUGCCUGGUGCUCCGGGCGUGCCUGGCGCUCCGGGCGCCUCGGUGCCUGCCGGCGCUGGCGUCGCUGGCGUCGGCUCCGGGUCUGGUGCGCGCCAGGGCGCUGCUCCCCCGAGCGGCCCCCCGAGCGGCCCUCUGAGCGGCCCCCCGAGCGGCCCUCUGAGCGGCCCCCCGAGCGGCCCCCCGAGCGGCCCCCCGAGCGGCCCCCCGAGUGGCCCCCCGAGCGGCGCUCCCUCGGCCUCCACAGGCGCUGGCUCUGGCCCUGCGUACGCCAAUGCCCCCCCGCGCGGUCCGUCGCCUGCGCUUGCCGAUGAUGUCGGUCCCGUCCGCCAGCUGUGCCAGAUGGGUUUCUCGCGCUCGCAAGUGAUCCGCGCGCUCGAGCGCUGCGGCUACCGUACGGAGCGUGCGCUCGAGCACCUCUUGUCGAACAGCGGCCGUGCUUAG